AUGCGCGACGCUGCUGAGGACAAGAGACUCAAUGAGGAGCACAACUUCAUAUCAUCUGGCCUAGGAUAUAACUCGAGAGGAACCAGGGAGAGUAAUUUUCUGCCAUGGCGUCACUUCCAUUUGCCCCCCAAGACUUUACUGUCCACAAGAUUUCUUUCGACAGACCGAGGUACUUACGAUGUAGUGUGUAUACGACUGCUGCAUGCCUCUCUUGAACCACAUCAAUGGGACGAAGCAAUGAAAAAUUUGGUGGCUCUUUUGAAGCCAGGAGGCUGGCUUCAGUGGGUGGAUUGGGAUCCAAUGACGGCGAGAAUAGCCACUGUCAAGCCAGGUGCGCCAGAUGGCAUCUUACGUGGACUGCUGAACGACUACGCAGACGCCAUGCGAGCUGCCAGGGUUGGCAACACAUAUCGAAUCCCUAAUGCAAUGCGUCCAUAUCUCGAGGAGGAGGAUAGUGACAUGUACACCAUAGAUCCUUCAGUCGAGCUGAGCAAGAUCAUUGCUUCUGGGGCCAUCUCAUAUGUUCAGCGAGUUGGGAAGUAUACAUCAGCUGAAGCUGGGGAGGUUGGCGCCAAAACAGAGCAGGAGAUUGACGAAGCCGGAUCUCUUUGUUUCUUCGAUCUGUGGGCUCACAUCGAGUUCCAUGACGACUGCAUAACGAUCGAUCUGGGUGUUGUUGUGGUUCAGUCAGGUGAUAUGCUGGUCAGCUGA